AUGGCCAUUUCCGCCGCUUCACGAGCAGCAAACAGUGCAGCUGAGCAGCAAGCAUCGCAGCGCAGCAGUAGAGCAGCCACCAGCGAAGCGCAGCAAAGCAGAGCAGCCACCAGCUAUUGGCGGAGGAAAGGCAGGCAAGCAACUCGCGGGCCCGUAUCAAGCCGACCACGCCGGCCACAUCGAGGGGCGGGGCGCCUCCGGCCCCCUCCGCGCGGGCUCGGGCGGGUCGCCGCUGCCCACGUCGAGCACAGGCCGAUCGUGCCGGCCCCUCGCGCGACCUCGGGCAGGUGCCCGCCAGCCAACGCGAGCGCGGGCGCGCGGCCGCGAGGCGGGACACCGCCGGCCCCCUCCGGCGCGGAUCUGCGCCCCGCCGCCGCCGCCACAAUCGCAGCUUUCCCCAGCCGCUUCUUGUCCUCUUCCUUGCCGGCGCUGGUCCUGCCGCCUCCGCCCCUGCCCGAGAGGAAUCCGUUCGCCGCGCUCCUCUCCUCUGACCCUCCGCCGCCGGAGCCUCUCCGCCUGGUGCUCGCCGCGGGCGACGUCCGCUCUGCGCUCCGCGGCCUCCCGGGCCUCGCGCGCCAGCUCAGCUCUUCCGGUGGCGGAGGCCACCCCGCGAGUCUUCCAGCGCACCGCCCACGAACGGAUAAGGGCGACAGGGACGGAUGA